AUGUCUGUUAAAAAGCGAAGAAACAGAAAAACGAAUAUUUUUAUCGAAAAAACAAAUGAAAAUUCAGUUCAUAAAGAAGAACCUUUUUUUUUCGGAACGCUUAGUUUAGAAGAUGAAAAAUAUUUUAAAGGUGUUGAAGAAACAUUGAUGACACAUCAUUUUUCACAAGAAGAUUAUAAGUUAUUUAUUGAUAACACAUUUGCAGAAAUUGAAGGAAAAGAAUUAAAAUUAGCAAUUCAUCCUUUAUAUUCAAAAACAUUAGAAAGUUUACUGCAAAUUUUAUCACCAAUUCAAUUAAAAAAGUAUUUUCAAUCAUUAAUUGGGAAUUUUAAAAGAUUAAUUUUUGAUUGUUUUGGUUCUCAUGUUUGUGAAACACUUCUUAUAAGAUCAGCAUAUAUUGUUUCUACAGAGAAUAUAUAUUCUGUUUUUCAAGAUAAUAAUGAAAUACUUGUAACUAUGGAAAAUCUUAUUUUAUUUAUGUGUAAUGAGAUUUCUGAUAUGCUUAUGAAGUUUGCUGAUCAUAAAUAUGCUUCAUAUGUUUUUCGUCAAUUGCUUCUUGUAUUACAUGGAUCUAUAUUUCAAGAUAAUCUUUCGUCUAAAAGAACUACAAAAAAUAAACGAAAAACACGAUUACUUAGUCAGACUAUUUCAACCAAACAAUUAACAAUGCCGGCAUCAUUUUUCGAAAAAAAGAAAUCUAUAUUAGAUAAUAUUGAUACUAAAUAUAGCGUUACUCAAAUCAGAAACCUUGCAUUUAAUCAAUAUGGGUCUCAAAUUAUAUCUACUUUACUUUUAAUUGAAAAAAGUUUAGUUGAUAAUGAUAAAGAAAGAAAGCAGAACUUAUUAGAAAAAUUAAUUUUUGGUGAUUUUAAGGAUAUUUCCUUCAGAUCAAAUUCUUCAGAGAAAAUAGAAAGUGACUCUUUUAUGGAGACUCUUUUAAGAGAUCAAGUUGGUUCUCAUAUUUUUGAAUCUAUAAUAGAAUUUUCAUCUAAAGAAAUUCUUUCGAAAUUAUAUGUUAUUUAUUUUAAAGAUAAAAUUUUAAGAGUAUCUAAACAUCCAAUUGGAAAUUACGUAUUACAAAAAUUUAUUGAGAAAAACAAUAAUUAUAAAAUAUUGAAUGAGAUUACUGAGGAAAUAGUUAUGCAUUUUAAAGAAUUAAUUGAUAUAGGACAUAUUGGUAUUUUGGUUUCCCUUAUUAAUGUUUGUUCUCAAAUAACUUUAAUUAGUACUAAACUUUUAAAUGUGCUUAAAGAAUGUUUUGGAGGUUCAGAAACACAUAUAAAAAAUAAUAUUUUUCCUUUAAUCUUAAAUCUUGAUCCAAGAAAUGAGAAUAAUUCUAUGAAAAACUUUGAAAAAGAAUUAAAUAAUGAUAAUCGUAUAGUAGACCAAAUUAAAGUUCAAGGGGCUCAUUUGAUUAAAUCCCUUUUUAGUCUUCCAUAUGAGAUGUAUUACUUUUUAAUUGAAAGUUUUCUUUUGCAAAAUAAAAAAGUAAUUCUUUAUUAUGCAACAAAUAAAAUUGGAUCCUGCAUAGUAGAAACCAUACUUAAGCUUCCCCCUUUAUUAGCUUCUGAUAGAAGGAAAUUGUUGAAUAAUUUUUUCGAAUCAUAUGCUUAUCUUUCUUGUGAUCCUUUUGGAUCACACAUUGUUGAUGCAUGUUUAUACACAUCUAUAGGAUUAAAUAGUUAUAGAGAGCGCAUAGCUAAUGAACUUUUGAAAUCUAGAGAAAUAAUAGAAGAUAACUAUUACGGAAAAAGAGUUUGGAAAAAUUGGCAUAUAAAUUUAUUUGAAAAUAAAUAUUCAGAAUGGAAGAAAAAUAUAAAUUCUUUUGUUAAAAAAGGACUUUCAGAGUCAAAAGAGGAUAAAAUAACUAAUAUCCAUAUAUCAGAUAUAGAUUUUUUAAACGAUGCAAAUAAAUAUACAAGUUCUUUAUUAACAUUAUGUAACAAUAAACAGAAAGAAAAAUUAGAAGAUAGAUUUAAUAAUGAUCUCGAAGAAAUAGGUAUGUUAUUUAGAAAAUACAAAAAAAAAAAAUUAUAA